AUGGGUCGCCACCGCAGCCGGCUGAGAAUCCUCGUCGGAAUCCUUAAAGACAAGUCCUCCAUCCUCAAAUCCUUCCUCAUCUCCCCUGCCAAACCCAAGCUCCGCCUCGCAAUCCUCCGCGCCACCUCCCACGCCGCCGCCUCCCCUCCCUCCGACCGCUCGAUCUCCGGCGUCCUCUCCCUCGGCGGCCACGGCUCCCGCCGCACCGCCGGCACCUGCAUCGAGUCCCUCAUGGACCGCCUUCACGCCACCAAGAGCGCCUACGUCGCAAUCAAGUGCCUAUUCACCGUCCACGCCGUGUUGACCAAGGGAUCCUUCAUACUCAAAGACCAGCUCUCCGUCUACCCUGCCUCCGGCGGGAGGAAUUCGCUCAAUUUGUCGAAAUUCCGCGACGGGUCCGACCCGGAGAGCUGGGAGCUCUCGUCGUGGGUGCGGUGGUACGCCGCCGUCAUCGAGCAGAAUCUCGCCGUCUCGAGAACCCUAGGUCGAUUCCUCUCCGCCGCCGCCGCCGGAGGCGGCGGGAAGGAGGAAGCGAUUCUGGAGAAGGGGAACGGGGAUUUGAUAACCGAGGUCGGAAUUCUGGUCGAUUUCGCCCAAUUGGUGUGCGAGGCUCCGAAUUCGCUUCAAUUGCAGAAGAACGAUUUGGUUUACGAGGUGGUGAAAUCGGUUGGGGAAGACUACAGGUUGGUCCAGCGGGAGAUUCUAAUUAGGGUUGGGGAAUUUCGGGACAGAAAAUUGCGGAGCUUGAGCUUCGGCGAGUUGACUCGGCUGGUGGGUGAGUUGAGGAGAUUGGAGGGUUGCCGAGAGAGGCUGAGCUUGCUGUUUGUUAUCGGGAAGAGGAACGAUGCUCUGUGGGAGGCGGUGGCGGAGACUGUGAAGGAGAUUUCGGAAGCGGUGAUGGAGAAGGACGAGAUGAAGAGGUUAGUGCCGGCGGCUACGGCGGUGAGAUUAGGGAACUGGAUGCCAGCGGCGGCGAGGACUGGUUCAAUCGAGCUGGGUCGUGUGGAGGCGGCGAGGAGCGGUUCGACCAACGGUGGCGGGUCGAUUGAUUGGUUGUGA